ACGCAAUUGAAACGAGCGAACACGGUCCCAAACUUCUACAUCGAUAAGCCUGCUUAGCUCUGUGCUCCCCGGUCAGUCACCCACAAUACAGCCGUGUUUACCGGCAUGGAGAGACGCAUACACGCAAUUGAAACGAGCGAACACGGUCCCAAACUUCUACAUCGAUAAGCCUGCUUAGCUCUGUGCUCCCCGGUUAGUCACCCACAAUACAGCCGUGUUUACCAUACCCAUACACGCAAUUGAAACACGAGCGAACGCGUGUAGCUUAGCAUGUAGCCGGCUAUCGCUAAUGCUAAACGGCAGAACGAGCACACAAAGACAGUAUUACUGUUUGAAAUACUUACUUGUGCUGCAGGUAAUCCAGCAUGUAUUGUAGGUACUGCUCCUUCUUUGAGGCGAAGUGUGGUGCUGUGCCCUGCUUUGUAUUGCGCGAAGUUUGUGUAACAAUCCUCCGUGAAGUGGUUGCCACAUACAUGGAGAAUUUUGGGAAAUGUAGCAGGCACAUUCCCAUCAAAAAUGAACAAUAUCCACUGAGCUUUUGUUUGCUCAUUGGUGGGGAGCUUGUGGAGCGUCUGUCCUUGUUUACUACAACCCAGAACAGAGCAAACUGAUCUUUUUUUCGAAGACAUGUUCUCAACCGAUAUGCUCAGCAGCUACAACGAGACUAGUUCUUCUUCUGCGGUUGAAUUUACGCAACCGGAUGUGCCCGGAGUAGUGCCCGCACCAGGAGGAGCUACGGUGGUGAGAGGAGUGUUGAGGAUUUCUGAUGACAUCAUCAGCUUCGGGAAGGAGAAGGGUCUAGCUGCAGACCCGCAGACCACUCAACGAAACGCCCCUUUACUCAACGAAACGCCCCUUCACUCAACGAAACGCCCCUUUACUCAACGAAACGCCCCCUCACACUCAACGAAACACCCCCUCACACUACCCGACACUCUGAUUGGCUCUCAAGAGACUGCGUCUGAAACGUGAUGAAGUUUACGUUGACCGAGUAUGAAGAGGGAACCCGAAAAAGUAACACGGUUAAAACAUGGGGAAAAUAACGGAGGAAAAGGUAAGAAUGGAUAAAAAACACAUUUAGAUAUUGAACACUGGAUGAAUAGUCAUUAUUUGUAUCCAUUAUAUCAAUUAAGUGCGGUUUAUUAACCAGUUAUGUCUGCAUGCUGUAACGAUAGGGAUUGUAACAGCAAGCAAGACGCAGCGAUUUUCUCCCUUUUUUCUUUUUUUUCCUUUUUUUCUUUCAUUUAUAUGUACAGGUUAUAACAUUGACAAUAUAACAUUGUCUCAUCAUCUCAACCAAGAAACGUAUAAGAUAAACUAUAUGACCUCUAUAUAUUAGUAUUUAUCUGUUUUUUAAUCUUUAAAUGACAGCUUUGCUCAUUUGAAAACGUGUGACCUCAGUUCUACAAUUGUUAAGAUAAAAGAUUUGAUGAUGAAUAAUAUUUUUCAUGUUUAGAAAUUAGAAGUUCUGUUGAAUCACAGUCAACAGUGUCAUUUGAUUUGAUUUAUUUCAGUUAGCCUGCUUAUAUUUUAGGACAGGGAAAGUCUUAAAGGCAAAUGCAGUCCAGUUCAUUACUACUUGAUUCUGGAUUAAUAAUGUUUCCAUGAUAAAAAAUACAAAAUACAAUUUUAAUUUACAUUUUCUCUUAUAGAGCAACACUACGUUCAGUGAAGGAGCAGACCCUGAGCUGAGGAGAUCCGACUCGGACACUUAUCAGGGUCCGAUCUGCACAAAAAAGGGGAGCUAUGCAAAGCUUGUGUCCCAUCUGCAGGGACACCAAAGGUCAAUGGUGGAGUACGGUGGAAAGGGCCCAACAAGCCCAACAGAAGUGACGCGAGGCAUGUUGUCUGUUAACCAGUGUAAUCACAGAGGAUCAGGGCAUGCUGCAACACCUUAAAAACAUCAUCACAGGCAACACGGUGUCUCCUUGGGCCAAGAAACAGGACAGGGUCAUCCUUCUUUUUGAAGAUGAUGAACAAGUGGACAAAGUCAUGCACUUCUUGUCUGAAGUACUCGAACGUACUGAGACAGACAAGAAGUCUGCAGAUCCAGUGGCAUUCGUAAUGGAUGUACUUUUGCCAGAGGCAACAGUAUACGCCCUCGGAGCUGUUCACUCCAUCUCCCUGGACAAAGCCAAGGAGAUGUACAUGCGUGGCACAGAGUUUGACUCAAGCGAGAUAACCCAGCUUGGGGAACAGCUUCAGAGCCACAUUUCCUCAAAAGCGAGGCAGAACCUGGAUAUCUUCCUGAGCAAUUACAAGAAAGCCUUGGAGUCUAAGGAAUUCCUCAGGCGCCUGUAAUCCCUGGGUAGUGAAUGUGUCUGCUGGAUAGUCUGUUGUGUAUAAAAGAAAGAAAAUAUAUCAUUCAACACUUGUAUUCAUUACAUGGAUUUGAAAGUUAUACAACUUCCUGUGCAGAAUCAAGGGUUUCAGUGCAUUUGUUUUACUUUCAUCAAAAGACCUACUGAUGUCCAACUGGCUGGGUUUGAUUCAGAUACCAAUGUUUCACAUAUCUUCCUGGAAAUAGGUAACAUCUCCUUAAUGACAUACUCAGCAGAUCUUGUCUACUUAACUUCUGUCUACCACCACCUGGACCACACCAGCACAGAAUUUAAGGAGGGUUUCUUUCAGGUUAAAAACCUGAUCAAGUAGACUUUUAUUAGUUCUAAUCGUUGUUCUGUCCAGUUGAACAACAUGUCAAACUACAGACUAAUAAGACAUUCAAUAAAUGUAGGCCUAUAUUAAACACACCUUUUUGUAACAUACAGGUUGCCAUGAUGUUGGAAGUUUGCAAAAACAAAUGAAAUUAUUCAAAGUGUGUGUUCAAAGUGGAAUUUGUGAUAUUAUAUUGUAUAAACGUGAUAUUAUAU